AUGCCAACCCAAAAUGACAUCGCCAAACACCUCCGCUCUCUUCACCAACCCGGCAACCCCCUAAUCCUGACAAACGUCCAUGAUGCCGCAACAGCCUCCAUAAUCGCCUCACUGCCAGCAGCACCCGCCAUCGCAACAGGGUCAUAUGCGAUCGCUGCAUCGAUCGGCGUAGACGAUAACGCCCUAACAAAAGCCCAACACCUGACCGCGAUAGCCGCCAUCGCCGCUUCCGCCCGCGCUAUCAACCCUACUAAACCACUGACCGUCGAUGUGCAGGAUGGGUACGGUGAUGUCUCUGAGCUGGCUGAUACCAUCGCCCAGGUUAUCGCGCUAGGCGCUGUGGGUUGUAAUAUUGAAGACAUGGACGCGAAUGGUGUGCUGCGGUCGGUAGAUGAGGCUGUGGCGCGGGUCGGGGCUGUGGUUCAGGCGGCAAAGGCUGCCGGGAUUCCUGAUUUUGUGGUCAAUGCUAGGACUGAUGUGUUGUUGACAAAGAAUGGGACUAUUGAAGAGGCUAUUAAGCGCGGGAGAGCAUUUUUGGAGGCCGGUGCUACUACGGUCUUUGUUUGGGGCGGGCCUAGUGGGGAGGGGGUUUCGAGUGUGGAAGUACAGAGGUUGGUUGAUGCCCUGGGAGGUAUGGUUAAUGUGAAGAUGAAUUUGAAAGAUGGGUUUUUGAGCGUGAAGGAAAUUCGGGCACUGGGGGUUGCGAGGGUCAGUGUUGGGCCAGAGUUGUGGAGGACUGCUAUGAAGGCGUUUACUGAACGGGCUACACAAGUGUUGGCUAUGUGA